AUGUUACGAUUUAUUUUUAUCUAUCUAUCGAUCUAUCUAUCUAUCUAUCUAUCUCAGUGUGUUUUUAUUAAUCUCUGUUCAUCUUUCUUUCUCUUUCUCACACUGUCACCAUCUGAUCAUAUCUCUACUUUCUAUCUAUCUAUCUAUCUAUCUAUCUAUCUAUCUAUCUAUCUCAGUGUGUUUUUAUUAAUCUCUGUUCAUCUUUCUUUCUCUUUCUCACACUGUCACCAUCUGAUCAUAUCCCUACUUUCUAUCUAUCUAUCUAUCUAUCUAUCUAUCUAUCUAUCUAUCUAUCUAUCUCAGUGUGUUUUUAUUAAUCUCUGUUCAUCUUUCUUUCUCUUUCUCACACUGUCAUCUAUCUAUCAUAUCUCUCUUUCUAUCUAUCUAUCUAUCUAUCUAUCUAUCUAUCUAUCUAUCUAUCUAUCUCAUGUGUUCACAUUUAUUGUAUUUCUCUCUCUCUCUCUCUCUCUAACUUUCUCUUUCUCACCCUGUCUCGGUGUGCUCAUUUCUUUCUUUCUUUCUUUCUUUCUUUCUUUCUUUCUUUCUUUCUCUCAGUUUGUUCAUAUUUAUCAUCUUUCUUUCUCUCUCUCUAGCUCUCCCCCUCUCUCUCUCCCUAUAGUUCUCUCUUUCUUGCACUGUCUCGGUCUGUUCAUUUCUUUCUUUCUUUCUUUCUUUCUUUCUUUCUUUCUUUCUUUCUUUCUUUCUCAGUGUGUUCAUAUUUAUCUCUCUUCAUCCUUCUUUCUUUCUACGCUCUUUUCCUUUUUUAUUUAUCGUCUUGUUUUCUGUUUUGUUCCCUUUCAUUUACUUCUUUAUUCUGUUCCACCUUUUCCUUCUUUCUUUCUUUCUUUCUUUUUUCUUUCUUUCUUUCUUUCUUUCUUUCUUUCUUUCUUUCUUUCUUUUCGUGCCUUCUGUGUUGUACCUAUUCAUUUACUUCUUUUUUCUCUUCUACCGUUUGUUUGUUUGUUUGUUUCUUUCUUUCUUUCUUUCUUCCAUCAUUUUUUUAUCUUCUUGCUUUCUGUCUUGUUCUUUUUCAUUUCUUUUUGCUGUUUUAAUUUUUGUUUGUUUCUUUCUUUCGUCCUUUCUUUCUCCCUUUUCUUUAUUUAUUUCGUUAUCUCUUUUUUUAUUCUGUUCCACCUUUUGCUUGUUUCUUUCUGGUUUGAAUUCUUUCAUUUCUUUCUUUUUUCUAUUCCACGUUUUGUUUCUUUGUUUGUUUGUUUGUUUCUUUCUUUCUUUUUUUCUUUACUUUUUCCAUUUCUUUCUCCUGUUUUGAUCUCUUCCAUUUACUUCUUUUUCCUGUUCUACAUUUUGUUUGUUUGUUUCUUUCUUUCGUUAUUUCUUUCUUUCCUUCCUUCCUUUUUAUUUUGUCUUUUUAUUUUUUUGCUUUUUGUUUUGUUCUCUUUCAUUUACUACUUUUUUCCUGUUCCACCUUUUCUUUGUUUGUUUGUUUGUUCCUUUCUUUCUUUCUUUUCUUGCUUUCUGUUUUCUUUUUUGUUUGUUUGUUUGUCAGUUCCUUUCUUUCUUUCUUUUCUUGCUUUCUGUCUUGAUCUCUUUAAUUUACUUCUUUUUUUGUUCCAUCUUUUGUUUGUCAGUUUCUUUCUUUCUUUCUUUCUUUCUUUCUUUCCAAACCAAUAUACUGUACGUAACAUACAUCUAUCUAUCUAUCUAUCUAUCUAUCUAUCUAUCUCAUUACACUCGUUUCUUUUUCUAUCUAUCUAUCUAUCUAUCUAUCUAUCUAUCUAUCUAUCUAUCUAUCUGUUUGCCUUAAUCUGUGUAGUGUUAUUUUCUUUUCUUCUCCAUUUUUUCUCUUUUCUUCCUCUUCCUUCUUUUUCUUCUCGUGCCUUCGCUGACGUUUUCUAUGAAGCUUCAUUUUCCAUCUCUAAUAAGCCUAACCAUUUGCUUUUCUUUCUCCUCAACGUCGCCUUUCUUCUCUUCUCCCUUCUUCUUUCUUCUCGUUUUCCUUCUCUGACGUUUUCUAUGAAGCUUCCUUUUCCAUCUCUUAUAAGCCCUUUCCAUUUUGCUUUUCUUUUCCUCUCAACGUCGCCUUUCUUCUCUUCCCCUCUCCCUACUCUUUCUUCUUUUGCCUUCUCUGACCCCAUUUGCCAUUUCCUCAACGUCCUUUCUUCUUUCUUCCUCUCCUUCAACUUCGCCUUCUCUCUUUUUCUCUUCCUUUUCCAUCUUUUUUUUCUUUUCUUUCCUUCAACUCUGACCCCUAACCAUUUGCUUUUCUUUCUCCUCCCUCAACGUCCUUCCUUUUCCAUCUCUUAUAAGCCUAACCAUUUGCUUUUCUUUCUCCUCAACGUCGUCUUUCUUCUCUUCUCCCUUCUCUUUCUUCUCGUGCCUUCUCUGACGUUUUCUAUGAAGCUUCCUUUUCCAUCUCUUAUAAGCCUAACCAUUUGCUUUUCUUUCUCCUCAACGUCGCCUUUCUUCUCUUCUCUCUUCUCAUUCUUCUCCUCUUUCCAUUUGCUUUUCUUUCUCCCUCAACGUCGCCUUUUCUUCUCUUCCUUCUCCCUCUUCUCUUUCUUCUUCCCUAACCAUUUGCUUUUCUUUCUCCUCAACGUCGUCUUUCUUCUCUUCUCCCUCCUCUUUCUUCUCAUUCCCUUCUCUGACGUUUUUUCUCCUUUUCCUUUUCCAUUUCUUUUCAAAGCUCAACGUCUUUGCUUUUCUUUCUUCUCUUCUCUUCUUCUUUUUCUGACAUUUUCUCUUCUCCUUUCCAUCUCUUAUAAGCUAACCUUUUGCUUUUCUUUUUCCUCAACGUCUUUCCUUUUCCAUCUCUUCUUCUCGUGCCUUCUCUGA